AUGCUCAGAAGUUUCGAGGAGUCACUGGGCGAGUACCUGCAGCUCCAAGCUCGGCCUCAGCCCUUUUACCUUUCUGAGGAGGUGGUGAGCCAGCUGUGCCGUUUGCUGCGCACGGGCGCCCUGGUCCGGAGCCAUCUGCUCCUGCUGGGUCUGCUGGGCAGCGGCCGGCGGAGCCUCUGCGGCCUGGCAGCGCACAUCUUGGACGCCGUGCACUUCGCGCCCAAGAAGGAUCCUUUUGGUGAGACAGACUUGAAGCAGAUGCUGCGGGUGGUCUGGCGCACCUGCGGAGCCAAAAAGAGCGAUUGUAUGGUGGUUCUGACUGACGAGGACCUUCAGAAUGAUGCCGUGCGAGAUUUGGUCGGCGCAGUCUUAGACCUUGGUCACGUGCCGGACUUGUGCAGUCCAGACGAAAUCACCAACAUGCUCCACGAGGCGCUGGACUUGAAGGACCUGGCAGCGCACGAGGCCUGGCAAGUCUUCUUGGACCGUGUGCAUCAGCACUUGCACCUGGUGCUCUGUGUGUCUCCCCUUGACUUCAACAUCCUUCGCAAGUCUUCGACCAUCCUUGCUUGCUGCUGUGUCAGCCACGUGGAAGCCUGGAGCGUGGAGUCCUGGCAGGCGAUGGCCGACGCGAGCUUCGCGCAGCUUGAGCUGGAGGGCCCGAGCUGCUCGAGCUCACUGGCCGCAUGCCUGGCCCGGUGCCAGGACCUCUUCGCGGCCCAGGAGCGGCGCACCGGCGAUCAGGUGCCCGUGACCGUCAGGAGCUUCUCCCAGGUACUGCAAGGCUUUCCGCAGCUCUAUCGCUGGAAGGAUGCGCAGAUCUCGAAGAAGCGCGCACGGCUAGAGGCCGCCUUGGCCGCCUUGAAGCGGGCGCCCGGGUUUCUGGAAGAGGUGUCAAGGAAGGUGGAGGUGCUGAAGGAGGGUGUGCGGCAGCAGGAGGCCCAGAUGGCCGAUCUCCGGGAGGCCGCCGCGAUGGCCGCCUCCCAGGUGCAGUCUGCCGAGGAGCAGCUGCAGGCGGCGGAGGCCACCUUGGAGAACCGGGAGGAGGCAAGCAAGGCCUUGGCCGCGGAGCUGCAAGGCGCCAUGGAGGAAGUUCUACAGCCGUACAGGACGGCCGUGAAGGCCUUCGAGAAGGUAGAGAAGAAGGACGUGAGUGAGUUGAAGAGUUUCGGGUCGCCUCCGCCCUUGGUCGCAGCGGUCAUGGAGAUGGUCGCUCACCUUUUCGGGUGCUCGCCGGAAUGGGCGGCCAUAAAGAACUUGAUCUCGGAGACGCACUUCGGCAAGCGCUAUCGAGACUUUGACAAGGACCAUCUGUCCGAAGCAGUUUCCGCGAGGCUGAAGGCCGAGGUCAGCCGCGCAGACUUCAAUCCGACACUGGUGGACUCGCAAAGCAGAGCGGCCAAAUUCAUCUGCAACUGGCUUCGUGCUCUGUCAGCCUAUGACGAGGUCUACCGGUCCACCGCCGACCUGCGUGCCCGCGUGAGCCAGACAGAGUCCGAAGCCACCGCCGCUCGAGCCGACAUCGAAGAGAAGCAGGCGGCGCUCCGGGUCCUCGAGGGGAAGGCGGAGGACCCCGCAAGGAUGCUCGAGCAGGCGCAGGGAAAGAUGGACGCUCUGGUCAAGGAGCUGGACUCUUGGACAACGCGUGCCGAUCUCGCGAGUAGAGUCUUGCACGGAGGUCUUCUCGUGGAGCAGGGCUGUUGGGAGCGGCAGCUGUCGGCAUUGCAGCGGUCGGCCGAGUCUCUUGCCGGAGAGUGCCUCUACGCCAGCGUCGUGCUGGCCUACCUGGGCCCGGUGUUCCCGGGCCGGCGCCUGGCCUGUGAGGAGGCGCUGCAGGCACUCUGGGCCGAGUGCGGGUUCCAGUUCUCCGAUCAGGUGCAUCACCAGUGGGAGGUGGAAGACUUGGGAUCCCGGAGCAGAGAUGAGUCCAGCAGAGAUGAAGUGGACCCAAGCAGCUCCAUGGACUUGGGGAACAUCGAUUGGCCUUCCGAGCACCAGGAGAACACGGAGCACAACGAGGUCUGGACCUUGCCCAGCUUCCUGUUGGACGAGGUCUGCGAGCAGGAGUGGCACGCGCAGGGCCUGCCCGGCGGGUUGUCGACCAGCGCGGCGCUGGCCCUGAAAGUCCCCCUGCCGCCGGUGUGCUUGGACCCCCACGAGCAGGCUUCGCGGUGGCUGCGGAAGGCGGUGCCGUCCUUGACCGUGACGCAUGCCGCCAGCCCCAAGCUAGGCCAGGCUCUCGCGGCCUGCCUCCACGAAGGCAAGCCCCUCCUGGUGUUGGGCUGCGGCUCGGCACUUGCACCGAGCCUCCUGAACUACCUGCGGUUCGGCCCGGACCCGAGCAAGGAUGCGAAGAAAGAGCCCAGGGAGACCCGGGAGAGGAAGGAGAAGAUUGAGUCAAGGCGGUCGAGAGCAGGGUCGAACGUGGAGUUGGAGGAAGCCAAGGAGUCCAAGGAGGAAGGGAAGGAAGCGAAGGAAGCGAAGGAACACUGGGACGCCGAGUCAGUGGCCGAGUCGAUCCCAGUGGAGGUCGUGGAGGCUGAAAGCCCCGAAGCAGGCUGUUCUGAAUUUCGGCUCUUCUUGGUCACCGCGCUCAAGCAAGUGAACUUACCUUCAGCGAGCCAAACCGUAACAGCAACGGUCAACUUUACCGCCGACCAGAACACCUUGGACGAUUACUUUCUGGUGCGACUCGCGAAGCAAGGAGAGGCCACAGAGUUGCUGAGCUUCGUGCAGAACCAGCGGGAGUUCUUGAUGCUGGAGGACCAACUUCUGUCCCAGCUGACGGAGAACGUGGAGGGCGUGGAGCUCUUCGAGCACGAGCCGACGCUGUCGGCGGUGGCCGCCUCCUCCGGCCGCCUCUUCGAGCUCCGGGAGGCGCUCAGCGAGGCUUUGCAGGUGCUGCAUUCGCAGUUGGAGAAGAACCGGUCGGUCUACGGGGCCCUGGCGGAGCGCUGCGCCGCCCUCUUCCAGUCCCUGGACUCCCUCAGCAGCUGCGGCUUGCUGUUCCUGUGCUCCUUGUCGGACAUGGGCGAGUCUGCCAUCGCCGCCUGCCAGGCUUUACUGAAGCAGCAGUCGCUGGUGGCCUUCGGCCAGGACACCUUCCUUAGCACAGCGGCCUCGAUGAUGGUCUUGACCAGUAGUUCGCUGUGGGCCGUGGCCUCUCGGAUUCUCCGGCGCUUCUCCUGGAGCUUCUUCCGGCACCAGACCAAGCUCCUGCUCGUCCACACCGCCUUCCUACUGGAUCCCCAGGAGCCCGCGCUGGUGGACUUCUUGCUCAGCGGCAGCUCGCUCGCCGCCUCGUCCACGUCGCCCAAUGCAGAGCUCUGGUCCGACUCCGUGUGGAAGAAUGUCUGCACCUUGGCGGAGCUCCUGCCAGUUUUCCAGGACUUGCCGAAGCACCUCCAAGAAAACCUGGACUCUUGGAAGAGUGCUUUGCAUGGCAUCCCAGAUCCAUCCAAGUCCGCCGCAUUCUCCUAUCCUCACCCCUGGAGUGAGGAAGAGCCGCUUGGCGGCUUCCACCGCGUCCUUCUGGUCCGGGCACUGCAGCCCGCACUGGCUUCCCGCGAGCUGCUGCUGUAUGCCCUGGACGUGCUGCGUGGGCCGGACUACGCUGCUGAUGACGAGGGCAUGGCCGUUGAGGUGGGCGACGAGAGUGUUUCCGUGGAAGAGGCUCUGGGGCAGGCCUUGCGGCUCUCUGGGGACAAGCGGAACUCCGAGCCCAAGGAGGAACGGCGGAACUCGGAAGUGAAGGCAACACAGGUCACACAGGGCCGGAAGAAGUCGGUGAUGCUGGCUGCUGACGAUGACGAGCGUGGAUCUGAGCUGAGCACGGCGCUGCAGAGCUCCGCAUCGAGGAAGAUGUCUUUCCGGAACAAGAAGUCAGAAAGCAGGCGGAAGAUGUCAGUGGACGCGUCGUCUCCAGACCACUCUGCUUCAAAGAGCCUCGAGCGGAAGAAAUCGAUGGCGGACGCGCCGCCGGAGUCCUCGGCCUCGCUCUCGUCCCGCUCGAAGUCCUCUCGACCUGCGGGCCUUGAAAGAAAGAAGUCCAUGGGGGCUGACGUGCCAGACGCCAAGAAGGGCCUGGAGAGGAAGCGCUCGAUGGUCGAUCGAUCAGGCACGAAUACGCUAUCACGGACGGGAUCCAUGGAAUCUCUCGCGCUUGAGUCGGACGCGGGCACGGUUGUUGGCACUGACAGCGAGUUUGGGGCAAGUGCUCGGAGACGGCGAAGAGAGGCCAGGCCAAAGAAGGGCGUGUCCCGGCCUUUGCUGUUGGUGACGGCCUUUGGCGUGGACCCCGCGCGGGUGCUGGCGCAGCUGGCCGCGGCGCAGCCCCUCGAGCAGUUCAUCGGUGCCAAGCAGCAGGAGCUGCGCGUCAUCAAUGCGGGGCGCUGGCAAGCAGCCAGCGGCACUCUGCUGCACGCUGUCCAGGAUGCACACAAGCGUGGCAGGUGGUUGCUGAUUGAGCAUGUCCACCUUGUACCAUCUUGGCUGCCCCAGCUGGAUGCCUUCUUGGCCACCAUCGUGGAGGAUGGCCCGGACUUCUUCGAUCGCUCGCAGGGCUCUGCGCUUCCGGGUUUCCGGCUCUUUCUGUCCGCGCUGCCUUGUUCCGUGUGUCCAGCUUCCUUGGUCUUGAAAUGUGUCCGGGUGGCCUGGGAAUUGCCAAGAGGAGCAAAAGCGCUGCUACAGCGAGCAGGAGCCAUGUCCAAAGAGGGAGACAAGGGAGACAAGGGAGACAAGGCAGACAAAGGAGGGAAGGGCAAGGAUGUCCUGCGUCUCUGGGACAGCUGCGCGAGCCACGAGCAGGGUCGGCUCUUGUUGGUGGCCCUGGUUCGUUUCCAGGCACUGCUUCAAGAACACCCUUCUUGUGAUCAGGAGUUGACUUUCCACAUGGCAGUCCAGCUUUUCGAGGAUCUCUGUGAUCAGAAGCUCGAGGGGUCUCGCUUCCUCGCCGAGCUCUGCUACCACCUCACCCAGGUGGUCUACUCCGCCUUUGCCGGGGAGCUGCCCUUGCGAUGCCUGGAGACCCUCUUCCAGGCCUUGCGCGAGCCGACGACGAAGGCGAUGCUGGUGCCCCCCCCGAACUUUGCCACCGCGAGCUUUGAGUCGGCCUUGGAUUUCCUUGGUCAGACUGAGGACAUGAGCACAAUGAGCAUCCAACAGGCAGAGAAUGGUUCGUCUCAGCUGCUGCGACUGGUGAAGAAAUCGACGGAUGCCCUUGCCCGUGUGCCUGCUUCCUGGGACUCCGAAGCCGCAGGCGAAGGGUUGAAGCUGGCCGUCCACCUCCUCGAGGAGCUGCCAACGGCCAGGCAUUCUCCCGCAGGCAGCAGUGGCAGCGACAGCUCUGAGGACGAGGAGAUGCCGCGCCCGGUGGUCACUUCGCUGAACAACUUCCUGCAGCGCGAGUUGCUCCAAGCAGCCCGGCUCUUGCAACGAGCACGCCAAGACCUGGAGUCCUUGGUGGCCCACCUGGAAGGCCAAUCCUUCUUCGAUGAAGUGGAGGACAGAGCUCGGAGAGCCCGAGUCCGCCGCGGCUUCCAGAUGGCAUAUGCCAGGCUCUUCAGGAACUGCUGUGCGCCGGCCGCGUGCCAGCGGCGUGGAUGGAACAGCGCAUGGCCCAGUGACAAUCAGCCACAUGGGCCAUCUGAGCUGAAGCUGAGCCAGAGGAUGGUGGGUUCUCGCAGCACUUUGUCCUCUUGGAAGGAGGACUUAAAAGAGUCCUUAGCCCGCAGCGGAAGAAUGCGGAAGACAAAACCUUCGCGGUACGAGGACCUGUCACGACGUGUCGGCUCGCUCCGUGCAUGGGACCGCAGCGGAAAGGCGCCAUGCAUUUUCUUGCAAGUCUCUAUGCGGCUGCGGCCAUGCGGCACGUGA